GAAGAAGAAGAAGAGUUUCCGGGGUUAAAGUUCCUUUUCAAGUUUCGAAAACAUGGAUGCUAAUGAAGGGCAGAGCAGUGAUGGGGACAUUGCUUCUGUCAUGGGCUUCUCAGGCUUUGGUAAAAAAGCACGAACCUUUGACCUGGAUGCCAUCUUCGAGCAGACUCGCCGCACAGCCAUAGAGAGGAGCCAGCGGGUUCUGGAGGAAAGAGAGAAGGACAGUCAAAUGAAAGAUCCUGGGGAAAGCUCACACUCAGUGACAAACACAUCGAAGAGCAAAGUGACAAGUUCAAGAAAACAGAGUGACAGCAGUAGUGACAGCAACAGUGAUUCUGAAAUUGGUCCUCCGCUCCCUCUUCAGCAUCAGCCUGAGGAAGAGGAUGAGGAGCUUGUGGGGCCUCCCCUUCCUCCAGGAUACACAGGCAGCACAGCACACAGCGAUGAAGAUGAGGAGGACGAAGAGGAAGAUCAAAAUGAAGAUGAUCCAGUCAAAAAGAUUCCAGACACUCAUGAGAUCACGUUACAACAUGGAACCAAAACAGUGUCGGCUCUCGGGUUGGACCCCUCUGGAGCUCGGCUCGUGUCGGGGGGAUAUGACUUUGAUGUGCGCUUCUGGGAUUUUGCCGGUAUGGAUCAGACACUCCAGGCCUUCAGGACUCUGCAGCCCUGUGAGUGCCAUCAGAUAAAGUCACUGCAGUACAGCAUCACAGGAGACGUGAUCCUGGUGAUUUCUGCUAAUGCUCAGGCCAAAGUGUUGGACCGGGACGGCUUCAAUGUCAUGGAGUGUAUAAAAGGAGACCAGUACAUAGUGGAUAUGGCCAACACAAAGGGCCACACAGCGAUGCUAAACUGCGGCUGCUGGCAUCCAAAAACGAAAGAGGAGUUUAUGACCUGCUCCAAUGACGGAACUGUCCGUACUUGGGACGUGACCAAAGAGAAGCAGCACAAAGCCGUGUUCAAACCUCGCUCUUUCCAGGGCAAGAAGGUCAUCCCCAUCUGCUGCACCUACAGUCGGGACGGGAGGCUCGUGGCAGCUGGAUGUCAGGACGGAAGCAUCCAGAUCUGGGACAGGAACAUGAGUGUUCACACAAAGUACCACUGCAGACAGGCCCACAUUCCCGGGUCGGACACCUCCUCCAUCAUGUUCUCGUACGAUGGCGUGACCCUCGCAUCACGCGGAGGAGACGACACGUUAAAAAUAUGGGAUAUGCGCAACUUUAAGAAACCGCUGAACGUGGCGAACGGACUAACGAACUACUUCUCAAUGACCGACUGCUGCUUCAGCCCUGACGACAAACUUCUCGUUACUGGAACGUCUGUGAAGAAAGACGAAGGAAACGGCAAGCUGGUUUUCUUUGACCGGACGACGUUUGAGAGGGUUUACCAGAUCGACGUCACGAACGCAAGUGUCGUCCGCUGCUUGUGGCAUCCUAAACUGAACCAGAUCAUGGUGGGGACGGGGAACGGGCUGGUGAAAGUUUACUAUGACCCGGUCAAGAGUUACAGAGGCGCUAAGCUGUGUUUAGCCAAGACCAAGCGCAAAGAGAAGCACACGGAGAUGCUGGCACAAGAUUACAUCAUCACACCACAUGCAUUACCCAUGUUCAGAGAGGCCCGGCAACGCAGCACCAAGAAACAACUGGAGAAGGACCGGCUGGAUCCCAAGAAGUCGCACAAGCCAGAGCCGCCCGUGUCUGGGCCAGGUCGCGGGGGCAGAGUGGCGGCUCACGGUGGAACUCUGUCGUCGUUCAUCGUGAAGAACAUCGCCUUGGACAAAACCGACGACAGUAACCCACGAGAGGCCAUUUUACGCCACGCGCAGGCGGCGGCGGAGGACCCGUACUGGGUGGCCCCGGCGUACACGCAGACGCAGCCUGAACCGGUGUUUGCAGAAGAAUCAGACGAGGAUGAAGACGCCGACAAGGAGCCGGAGUGGAAGAAACGCAAGAUCUGAGGUUUCCCAACACAAACUGUGGCUUUUAUGGCCGAUUAAACGACUUUGUGAACGGCUCCGUCUCCUUAAAACGCAGAAGCCUCGUGUUCAGAGCGUCACCCUGCCCUCGUUUUAAUGUGUUACGCUUCCGUGCUAAGGAGCUUUACACAUAUUUUUACUGCCCAAAUAGAUUUCCAUUUGUCGUUCGUCAAAAACAAUAAAAGUACUCGGGUUUUU